AUGUUGUUCUCUCGACCAAUCCUCGAGCGCUUCAGCAGUGUACUCGCUGUGAGCCUCUAUGUCACUGGUUCCCUUGCUGGACCAUGUGAUAUCUACUCCUCCGGCGGUACCCCCUGUGUCGCUGCACACAGUACUACUCGUGCCCUGUACGACUCCUUCACUGGCGCACUCUACCAGGUUUCCCGUGGCUCUGAUGGUGCCACUACAGAUAUUACGCCUCUAUCCGCUGGCGGUGUUGCCAAUGCUGCUGCCCAAGACAGAUUCUGUGCUAGCACCACCUGUCUCAUUACCAUCAUCUAUGACCAGUCUGGCCACGGCAACCACCUCACCCAGGCACCACCUGGAGGUGCCGCUACCGGUCCCGAUGCCAAUGGUUACGACUAUCUUGCCAGUGCUGUCGGCGCACCCGUCACCUUGAACGGCUCCAAGGCCUACGGUGUCUUCAUCUCGCCAUUCACCGGCUACCGUAACAACGCCGCCGUUGGAACUGCCAGGGGCGAUUCUCCAGAGGGUAUGUACGCAGUUUUGGAUGGUACCCACUACAACACAGCCUGUUGCUUCGACUACGGCAAUGCUGAAGUCAACAGUGAUGACACCGGUAACGGCCACAUGGAGGCUAUCUACUUUGGUACUGGUGAUGGCUCUGGCCGUGGUACAGGUUCUGGUCCUGGUCCUUGGAUCAUGGCCGAUCUCGAGAACGGAUUGUUCUCUGGUUACGACCCUAUCAACAACAACGCAGACCCGACCAUCACCUCCCGAUUUAUAACUGCUAUCGUCAAGGGAGAACCCAAUCAGUGGGCGAUUCGUGGAGGUGAUGCUACCACCGGCUCAUUGUCAACCUAUUACAGCGGUAUUCGCCCAAGCGGUGGUUACUACCCAAUGUCGAAAGAGGGUUCCAUCAUCCUUGGUACCGGUGGUGACAACAGUGACCGGGCCCAGGGUACAUUCUACGAGGGAGUCAUGACCUCUGGUUACCCUUCAGAUGAUAUUGAGAACCGAGUUCAAGCCAAUAUUGCCGCCGCUAGAUACGCCACUGCAUCUCUCACCAGUGGCCCCGGAUUGGCCGUUGGUGAAAUCAUCUCCCUACGCGCCACAACAGCAUGCUGCACAAACCGCUACAUCGCCCACACCGGCUCCACCGUGAACACCCAAGUCGUCACAUCAUCCGAUAGCCUUUCCCUCAGACAACAGGCUACCUGGACCGUCCGCACCGGUCUCGGUAACAGCGCCUGCUACUCCUUCGAAUCCGUCGACACCCCCGGCAGCUUCAUCCGCCAUUCCAACUAUGAGCUGAUGCUCAAUGCUAAUGAUGGCAGCAAGCUCUUUGGAGAGGAUGCUACUUUCUGCCCCCAGGCCGGUCUCAAUGGCCAGGGCAACACUUUCCGCUCUUGGAGCUACCCUGCCCGUUACUGGCGUCACUACAAUGCCCUUGGCUACAUCGCUAGCAACGGUGGUCCCUUUGACUUUGACAGUACUACCGUAUUCAAUGAUGAUGUUAGCUUCGUUGUCAGGGCUGGCUUUGCCUAA